AUGGAGGAGGAGAGAGCGGUCGAAGUACGCGGCCUCGACGGUUCGUCGACGGUGGUGCGCAUCUCGCCGGAAGGCACGGUGGAAGACUUGAAGGCCAUUCUCAAGGAGUCGUUCCCUCCCGCGAAGGAGUCUCUUAAUUUUCGCCUGUUCUACAAGGUUCGUGGGAUGCGUCGAUCAAUUUGUUGAAGAUAUCUCUUUUUCUUGACGAUUUUCUUCGCUGGAGUUCGUUUCGGAUUGGCCUUUGGUUUCAUCGACGGUUUGUUUUUCCCGCUUCGCCCAAACCUUGACAAGUCAUGUGAAACUGGUUCAGGGUGCUCAACUGAGAACUGGAAGCUCUAUAAGGAGCCAUCUGAUCGAGCAGGGUGAAUUCGUGGUCCUGGUUCCUUUUGCGAAGAGAACGACGGAAUGCCAACCACCGGAGAGUCCGUCUGGUGGGAGCGCCAAAACGUCAAAAUGGUGGAACCAAGCUGAAACUUCUGCGGAUGCAGAUUCGGCUUGGUUGGAUAUGAUGGAGGACCUCAGAUCAUUGUCAGACGCUCCCGAUGCGUCUCCACUCGGCAACGUUGUGCUAGAGGGCAAUAUGUCUCAUGGGAAGCGUAAUGUGGAGGGGGGUAGUUCUCCGGCAACCAAAAGUAACAGGGGGGAGUCUUGUUUCCUUUUCCUUCGAAAUUUUUUGCACAAUAGCAGAUUUUUUUUAGAUUCACUACCUGGGGGUCAGAGUUCUUCCCCAGUUUCAGGUUUAGCUGAUUGUUUGUCAGAUCCAGACAGCAGAAAGUGUUUUUUUUUCGAGGAAUUCUAUCGUAGCUCUUUGGAGGCGGGCCUCUGCAUGUGUCCAGUAUGGUUGAAGAGGCUAGUGAAAUGUUUCUCUUUUCUGAAUGCCGCGCAUGGUAUCCUACUAAUGCAACGCAGAUGCAUCGAGUGGAAAUGUCUAAGGCAGGCACUGGAGCAGCCGGGUGUUCUUCAGAUUGAGGACAUUAGUAUCUCAGAUGUGGAGCAUCUUCUGAAUUUUUGCCCAGAGGUGGUUACUCUCUUACUCCAUUAGAACUCUGAUUUUUUAAAAUCUUUUUCUAUUCUAUUUUUUAAUAUUAUUAGUUAUUUUUAUUACUUUAUCCCGGAUACAUUUCUCUCGAUGGCAUUUCUUAAUGAUUUUAGGAUGAGUAGGGACAUUUUCUUCUCGCAGAAGUCGCAUAUAUGUGCCAGAAUUCGGUACAGAAAUAGAUUCGGUUAUGUUUCAGAGUCUUGUAGACAACCUUGUAUCAUUAAAACUGAUAUUGUUGUGCAUGGGAUGAAAGACCGAAGGAAUCACAGUCUAACACAGUUCUUUCUUGCCUUCAUUAAAAGAACAUAAGAGUUAAAAUGGCACGCUGCUAGGUAAAACAAAGAAUCUUGGAGAGGAAGAUAAUCGUCGUGGAGACUCUUAGAGAUUUAAAUAAGAAAUUUAUACUCUGCAUUAUUACACCAGAAGAUAUCCUGAGAGUCGGUACAUACGGUUUAUAGGGAUCAUACCUUGGUGGUACUGGAGUUAUUGUUGAGAAUGAGAAUAGAACUUGUUUCUCUAAUUGGAUGUUUCAAGGAUUCAUUUACACCGUUACAAAAUUAACUUCAAAAACAUUUUUAGUCUUGCCGAAAUCAAUCCAUAUCUAAGACUGGGAACUGAUACACCCAAGUAACAUCCAUAAAGACGGUCCGUUCUGGAUAUCCUUGUGGAUUUUUUUUAUCAUUCAAGCAUACUUUUUCCGUCCUUUGUGUUUGGAAUAAAUUUACAUUUUGGAAAUGAAUAUUCCAAGGCCAAUAAUAGUGAAUAAAUGCCUGAUAUCUGUCAUGGAGAUUUGAGUAUUUUUAAACUCAAUCGAUUAAAAACAAUUCUACUGCAUGGAUGGGGAUUAUAAUUCCGCUAUCCACCUUCAAUGCUAUCCCUCCUCUUAAUAGUUAUUUAAGUACUUGAAAUUGCUGAUAAAAGUUUUAUGUAAAAGAAAAAUCGUAUUAUCUUUUGUUAAGGCGUUUGAAAGUUCAAAGAUUCAGUCUAGCUGAUAUUUCCCGACCCUGGUAAUUUUUGUGGAUAAACUAUUUUAAUUAUAAUCUUAGGAAUGAUUCUGUGAUGAACUUUUCUGUCCCUACUCAGUUCCUGUCUAUUAAUUCCCUCUAAAAUUUUCAACUUUCGGCCACUGAUGAAGGGGCAUAAUUCCGAUAGAAGAUGUGAUGGUAUCUAGACCCAAAUAAUUUCAUAUAAUUAUCAAGUGAAAAAACUUCUCAUAUAAAUGUUGUUCCUUCAGAUUGAAUUAGCUAGGCCGAAAGAAAGAUCCGAAAAAUUGGUUAAAUUAUUUGUCAUCUUUCAAGCCUGACGGUGACUCAAUAUAAAGUGGUGCCAAGCAUCUAUGCUAUGCAGAUGACCUUUGAAUAUAAUUUUUCAAAAAUAUCGUAUCAAUACUUGACACAUAUCAUGUCCACUUGGUUGAGAAGUUUUGAGCUGAUGCAACUGGGAAAAAAAUCAAGAUAUUAUGUCGUCGACAUAUUAUCAUCCUUGUUAGUUUCAGCUAAAUCAAGGGAUUGUUGUCACUGUUCUCUCCUGUUCUUAAAGGACAUUUCCACUCAAGUGCGGGAUGAUAUUUAUAAAGGGUAACCUACUUGCUAGUCGUACUUAUUAAGAGAUAUUGCGUCGUAUACUGGAUUCAAAGUAUAACACUUCGUUUAAAUUCUACUCAUAUAGUUUUCUGACUUCAGAUCUGUGUUUUUAUAGGUGGUGAUGCUUGGUAAUAAAAAAACUUUCUUGUCCAAGUCUAGGGAUGCUGUUGUUAUUUUAGAUUGCGCUGAUGAAUUAGAUGUGCACUCUAUGCGAAAAAGUAACAGUAAGGCUUUUGUACAAUGGCAUCACCUUAAUAGUUUUCUUUCAUUAUAUAUCUUCUUUUUUUACAAAUAACGUAUAUCCAUUUUCUUUUGCCUUUGCGUGUACAUCCCUUUAGGUAGAAUACACUCUUCCCACGCAUCAACCAUUUUUGCCAGAGAAAAGAGGGAGAAUGCUUUCAAAGAUGUUUUACUUACACUGAUCAGAUUGGCGCUAGUAAGUUGACUAUGACUCUAGAUAUGUAUUUUAUUCAAGUUCUUUUAUGUUUGUUGUACCUUUAUGUUCAAUUUGUCUGGAAUGCUCAUUAAGAUAUUGGCCUAUAGAAAAAAGGAUCUCUCUCUCGACACCAAAGCUAUCUGAAAUGUGUACCGAUUUCUUUAUAUUAAAAUAAUUGGUUGUACUAAUCAUAGGGUACUUGCAUGCCUUAGUUAUAUUGUCUAGUUUUUUGCAUAUGUUAAAAACUCGUUAGCAAAGUUUGGGCAAUUAUAGGCACGUGAAAGGGCAAAUAAACAUGGUAGACAAUUUUGUAUGCUUGGAGAACGUUUAUCUAAUAUUUUAAAGCCUGGUCCAGAACUAAUACAGAUUGGAAGUGGCUCAGUAACUAACUGAUUUUGUAAUGUACACGAUAGAAGUUAUCUUGUUUUUUUUAAAAAGGGCUCAAUUAUACAUAAUAUCUAAAGCAUAAGGACGAGGAAAUUUGAAAUAUGUAUAAAUAUAUAUAUAUAUAUAUAUAUAUUGUUACGUAGGACAAGCUUUUUGCUAUAUUAGGCUUUCCUUCUAUUUUUCCUUUCUUUCCUAUUAUUAGAUGUAUUUCAUUUUUCGUGUUUCUGUUAUUAGACCUUUCCGUAAUACUGGAAAGGUUUAUUAGACGCCAAUAUAAAUACUAGCGUACUGCCCUGAAAAGGACUAAGUCAGUUUUUCCUUUCUUGCUUCCUCUGUAUCUCAUAACAUAUAUAUAUAUCUUCUCGCAGUAUGAAAUGAAAAAACUAUGUACUCCCCUUUUUUUCACUAUUACCUCUCUUAUACUCCCCUCCCUCCUGUUUAAUAUCUGAAACUGUUCAUGAGCUUGUUUAAGGGAUAGGGGAAGAAGUCUCUGUAGUGUUCCCAUUUCCUAUUAACCUGGGUUAGCUCAUCUGAAUGGAAGCACCCGAACGAAUAUAAUUAAAUGGUUGUUAGUGGGAUUUUCUACUGAAUUAGACAUUAUGUAAUACCUUAUCAUACAUAGACUUCUUUCAGUUGAUUGGAAGGAUCAAUAUUUUGUGGCAAAACUAAUCAUUAUGGACCCCCUUCCUGGAAUCUGAUCAGAGAUUGUCGCUCAGAUUGUCAUGCAGAAUUUAGGAAUUUCUCUGAUGUCCUUGUCUGGAAAAAUGGGUUGGAUGUGAGAAUUCAUAUACUUGUGCAUUUAUUGAAAAAUGUUAUGAAGGAAACUAUUAAUCCUCCAAUAGGUUCUAGUUAGUGAAUACGCCUGGAGAACGUUCCUCAGCUCUCGUAUAGAUUUAUAUUAUUUCACAUCAAUAUGAAAGCUUUACACUUGACAGAGGACAUAACAAACGAGGAAUUUUUUUCCUUUUCAACAUGUAUUGAGGUGGAGUGUCUGCAUUUCCAUGGGUUGGAUGGUUUUAGAUGCUUGCUUCUUAGAAAAUAUUAUUCAUAACCCAAGUCUAAGUUCCUAGAAGAGUUUUCCGCUAUUUUUUUCAUGGUGAUUCUCAAGUUGUACUCUUAAAAAAAAAUUCCCACUUGAUUUGAAGUUAUUUUAUGAGCUACAUUAUGACUCGAUUUUGGACAAGUAUGAAGAAUAAGACAGUUGCGAAUAAAGGAUAGGUUGGAUGCGACGUGAGGCCACAUAAAUGAGUUCAUGAAGAGAUGAGUUUCAUUUUACUAAAAUCUUUAUGUCGUGCACUAAGUUCAAUAUGUGGUGUAAAAUUGCUACUUCUUUCUGUGGACAGUUAAUGAAUAAGGUAUAGUCAAUGAAUGAAAGGUAAAUCUUAUGUGUGUUUGGAGAAGUUGGCUAAUUCAUUUCGGAUCUGAAAUAGCAGUCCCUGAAAAUGAAGGAGAAUGAAUAAACAAAUAUACGCAACUCACUGUAGUUUUUAAGUGCUGAGCAUUGUUAAAGCUAUUCGAUCAUCCAAUUCAAAUCAGUUGCCAAUCAGUGAAGUGAGCAUAUCUUUAUGGCAAUAUUUACUGUUAGAUUGGCCAAGACAUGGCUAUUCUAACAUGCCACUUCACGUUUAAGUCAACAUUUCAACUCUGCCACAUGGGUUACAUGGAUCGGGUACAUAUUGCAUGUGAACGAUCAUUGGCUUUAGGAGCAUGCAGUGGUUAUUGGAUAGUCCAACUCAAAACAAUAGGUAAUGAAUGAAAUUAGCUCAUCUUUAUUCCUACAUAUUUACUUCUGUAUUAAUUAAUAUAGUGUUAUUCUAGCAUGAAUCUCAUGUGCAAGCUGAUUCAUGACGUUACUCAUAACAAGAGUAACCAUUAACAAUGAUAGGUUCUCCAGGUAUUUAUCUACUGUUGAAAAACAAGUUCCCAACACCACUGAUUACACAAAAAACAUACGAGAUCGAAACUUAUCCCUGGAUUCUGUAUGGCGCCUCACUUGCAUGCCCUCAUUUUCUGGUAGCUUUAUCUCAGAGUUGAGUUGCGCCUGUACUCAUAGAUUUUACAUUCCUUAACCCCUCUGUCUUAUACGAUUUGCUAUACUUUCAGCUCAGACUCUACAUUUGUUCAUGUAUUUUACGUCUCUUGGCGCCUCAUUUUUGGUUUGUAUCUCUAUGUCCCUUAAACGGUGAGAUGUCUGUACUUUCCAUAUUUCUGGAAGAUCAGAGUGGAAGGUUACUUCUCGUUGGAUAUGUUGGUUUCUCAUCACAAUUGGAUUGAACCCAUUCCGGCCUCAAAUAAUCUUGAUCCGGGCAUAAUGUUUUAGUGCGUCUUUGAAGCAUUGCACACAAAAAUCAAGUCCUGGUUCUUAUAGACUUGAAUAUGCAGGAAAGGACAACAUCGGGAAGCAUGAUGUCAUUUUCUCUCUCUCUAGAAGAUCUCAUUGCUUCAAAAGAAAGACGUGACUUGUUAGAAGGAUCUACAUUGAGAGUGGUAAAGAAGAAAUCUCUAGCGUCUGAGAGUCAUGAAGAAUGUCUUUGCCGGGUAAAUUUUCUUCGUGUUGACGUUUUAUUAGAUAAAGAUAUGGAUAGCAGGUGCCAUAAGUGUCGUUCUCUCUGUGUCACCUUUUCUAUCUACUGACAUAAUAGAUGGUUAGAUUGACUCUGAAAUGCUUUGAUGCUCUUAGAUGGAUGUAUUUCUGAAUAUCCACUGUAAUUCUGGUGUUUUUAUGUAUAAAGAAUGUGUAUAAUAAACUAAGAUCAGCAGGGAACAACCUCAUUGCAGCCUUUAGAAAUGGUUGAGCAUCUGCAGAGGGGAUUAGGUAUUCAUGGCCAGGUCGGUAAAAAAUUUUCUUGCACUCAUGUGGAAAUGGAAAUUUAUUUGAUUAUCUUACUGGGAAACUCACCGUGGUUAGAUAGUACAUGUGGAAGAGUUUCCAGCGAAAGCAGCAGUUUAUGCAGAACUUCCUAGUGAUCUUUCAGAAAACACAAAAGCAGCACUCAGACGAAUCGGGAUAUCCAGAUUAUAUAGCCAUCAGGUGGCGUUCUGUUGUCCUACUUUUCCGAAAUUCAGUAUCACUUUAUGUGCACUCUCAUGCUCUCGGUAAUUUGCAGGCGGAUGCAAUUCGUUCUUCACUUUCUGGGAAAAAUAUAGUUAUUGCAACAUCAACUUCUAGUGGAAAGUCUCUGUGCUACAACAUACCAGUUUUUGAAGAACUAAAUCGAAAUGCAUCAUCGUGUGCUUUAUAUCUCUUCCCAACAAAGGUUCAUGUCUGCCAGCUCAUUCUCAGUUCAUGUCUAGCAAAUUGAGACGAAAUAUCCAUUGUAGUUUCGCUUCGCAACCCUUUCGUUAGCUUGCCUGUAUACACAGCUGUGCUGGCCUUCAUUUCCUUUGUACUUAUCUUAUUGUAUUCUUUUAUUCUCUAGAAGACAAUUAUUUUUUGUUGAUGCAGGCUUUGGCUCAAGACCAGCUCAGAGCUUUAUGGGAGAUGACAAGAGGUCUGGGUGAAAGCCUAGAUAUUGGUGUCUAUGACGGAGAUACACCUCAGAAUGAUCGAACAUUUAUUCGGAACAAUGCCAGACUCGUAUGCUUUAUCCUUCAUGAGAAAUAUAGUAUCCUCCCUGCCAGAUAUUCAACUAUUUAAAUAAACCGUUGUCUUUUAUCUGUGCAGCUGAUCACGAAUCCAGAUAUGCUGCACGUGUCAAUCUUGCCUUUCCAUGGGCAGUUCAAGCGGAUCUUAUCAAAUCUGAGGUAUCAUACACGAUAUUCAAUUAUUCUACUCUUACAUAAUGUUUCCAUUCUUUCUCAAGGAACAAGUGCAUCAUACCUUGGAUUUUGUUUUACAAGAGAUAAGGCCCUGUUCUGGGGCUUUAGGGGAGGGAGCGACUUCUCUGCCAGAGUAAUUUACUUAUCUAGAGUUUACUUGAACGUAGGUUUUAUUUUUAGGCGCAGUUCCUCAUAAGAAGAAAAAAGAGAGGGGUAAUCUCCAGUUAAAUUGUUUUCUUGGUCAAUACAUCCGGAAGUUUAGCUUCACUUAUUUUUUUGUAUCUUGUGAAAAUGUUGACACCAAACUCAUUCAAAAUUUCCAUAUGCACAGUUUUUAAUACCCAUCUUUCAAUCAGGUUUAUUGUGAUUGAUGAGGCUCAUGCAUAUAAAGGAGCAUUUGGAUGCCAUACUUCUCUUAUUUUAAGGAGGUUGUGUCGCAUCUGCUCUCAUGGUAGAUGGCUUCAUAUUAUUACGAAGAAAAUCUCCAUGGUUACAUGAUUUCAUCUCAUUUUAGGAUGCUAAGGCAUAUGCUUUGUUGAUGCAGUUUAUGGGAGGGAUCCUUCCUUUGUUUUUUGUACGGCGACUUCUGCAAAUCCUCAAGAGCAUGCUAUGGUAAGCUUUAUAACAGAACAGAUUAGAGAGGGUCUUCACCUUUAUUGUUCCAUUUAAGCAUCUAGAAAGAGAUCGAUGCAUAUACUGUAGCAUUUAUGAAUAAUGAAAAUAUGAUGAUUCAUUAACACGAAAUAUCCUUUUUAACCCAGGUAGCUGUGUUGUUAGAAAGUUUCUUAAAGAUGAUUCAAUCUCUGCAACCAGUCAUAGGAAUGUUAAUCUUAGAGCGUUUGUGCCCUUUAUUGUACAAGUAGUGGAAAAGCCCAUCUUGAUCCCUGAUAGUUACUGAGAUGUCCUAGGUUUUCUAAUCUCUGAUGUGGGACGUUAGUAACUGAAUAUUCUUUGGUGAGCUGGAAAAGUUGCACUAAUGAUUUAUGUCAGUAUGGCUAUUGCCGUCCAACAAGUUUGGGGGAAUUAGGUGCGGUCCCACGUAUGAUCCCAUUGAAGGUUGCAUCCUUUACCUGUAUUAAUGAUGAACCAUGAUUGAUGCAUGAACCUCCUCAAAUUUUCAUAGUAUUGAUAAUUUAAUAUCUAUAGGCCUAACAAAGACUCAUGGCCUAGAUUUUUACAGGGAGUACGCUGUUUUAAGUGGGUUAUUGAAUCCUACAAGUCAAAGUGUUGAGGUGGUAGAAUUCGUAAAUGAUUUAUCAUUUUUUCCCUUUUUCCAAAACUGUGUCUGCCGACAAAUCCUCAUAUCCAUUUUUCAUGACGUCAACGGAAAAUUUUCAAGCAUCAAUACCUGGGAAUCUUCAAGCAUCGACUCAGAACUAAUCUGUUUUCUUUAUGAAAUGACCAAGGACCUCUUAUAUUUCCUAUUGUGAUUGCGGGACCUUCUCUUUUGAUCUGUUGAGUGCUUGCUGACUUGUGAUCGUCUGUUGUGGUACAGGAACUUGCAAACUUACAAGACUUGGAGUUGAUCUCAAAUGAUGGAAGUCCUUGUGGUCCAAAGCUUUUUCUCCUGUGGAACCCUCCAGUAUGUAUCCCGAGUGUAAUUUAUUCUCUAAAUUUUAUAAUAUCUAAGCUCAAAGUUUACAUUCUUAGUAAAUCCAUUUUUAAAUGUUAUGAUUGGUGGAAACCUGAAAGCUGUGUAGUCAACAAGAAUCAUUGAUUCGAGGAAGCAAGAAGAACAAAUUUCUUGAGAAAGAAGAGAUUGGCAGACGCUCAAGGUAAUCUUUUUUAAGUUAGACCGACCAAAUGUGCUCGUAGUUGGAAACUUUAUUUGUUUAAUAUUGAUUUAAUUGGAUACCAUUUGAUCAUGAUUGUAAAAUUCACAGUUUUGACUGCAGUCUAGAAACUUCGUAGCAUUUAAAUCAGAUAGACAUAUGUUGAUUACUUAAUAGGCAUGCUUUGGAAACAUUGUGAAAAUAAUGAUAUGCUCAAGUAAAUUUCAUAUAGUCCCUUACUUCAACAUGCUAGUUUGAAGGAGUGAAGGAAAGUGAUAUUCGGUUGAAAGUAAGGACAUCAACACAGAUAUGGAUUAAAAUUUCAUUUUUCUUAUUUAGCUGUUUUGUUCAUUUUAUUCAUCUGAAAUCCAUGGUAUGGCAAACACAUCAGCGGUCUCACCUCAAGUGUGUGGUGUUCAAAACCCCAGUCAUUGUCAAUGUGUCACAAUUGCCUUUGGGCUAAUAUGAACUAUGCUCAUUUAUCUAUCUGGUUUCUGAAUGGAUCUUGGUUUUAAUCUCAUCUUAUUUACCUCGUUGACUUGAUUUUCCUUUGAAAUGACAACAAGUGCCCAAAGACGGGUGCUCUGCGGAACUUUCUCAAGUCUGUGCCGAACUUUAUCAAAUAUUAGGGUAAAAGUAGAAUGAUGGCAACUAUAUGCUUAUUGGUUAAAGCCUAAACUUUCCCUAUAUGAUAAAAUGCUAAAUACCCUAGGCAGAUAUACAGAAAUCUUAAACGUUUACACCUCAAUUUGUGUGUAGAUGUCUAUCACACUCUGCCUAGCAUAGAGACAUACUAGGCUAUUUUUAUAUGGGCAAACAUAAUAGCUCACUUUAAAUUAAUUUUGCUCUCAUAAUAUGAGUGUCAAUUUCUAUGUGUUUGGUCUUGUCAUGUGAUAAUGGCUGAUUUCAAUGGCAUAGUUAAUUGGAAAAAAUAUCACUACUAAAAUUAUUAUCUUAUAGCUUCCACUGUUACGAGUAGUGUUAAAGUUAUUGGAACAUUCGAUUCAAAACCACUUGUCUAUGAGUCAAAUAUCCCCUCUUUUUAACCACAAGCUAUUUUUUUUACCGGCCAAUAAUAUUUUUCUAAUACACCUCAUUUGUGAGCCAACUUUCAGAUAUCAUCGUGUGAAUAAUAUAAGCGGGACGUGUCAAAUUCAAGAGAAAUUUUUGUAUCGGUUAUAAUUUUAAGGUUAUUGAGACAUCCAAGUUAAACUAAUUGAUUAUGGCAGAAUAACCCAUUUUAUACCAACGAAUUUCCUCGUAAACUAACCAAUAUGGUACUAUUCCGAUUUUAUCAUAAAGAUGUCACUUACGACUAGCCAUAGAAAUUGUUUGAGAUUUCUUGCUUUUAAUAUCAUAUACUGAUUGGAAUUGUGUUUACAUUUUCUAGUGUCAUGGGUUACUGUGUCCUGUGAUCUCUCUUUGCAUAUUUUGGUUUUGGCUCCUUCUCUUUAUAGUCGUCAAUAACUGAAGACAUAAAUUUGUUGUAAAUGCUGUUUGUUUAACUAUUUCUUAGUGUUGAUAUUAUGUUGCUAAUGUGAGUAAUAUUUUUUGCAGCCCAAUUUAUGAGGUUUCAUGUCUCUUAGCAGAAAUGGUUCAACAUGGUCUCCGGUGUAUUGCAUUUUGCAAGUCACGCAAACUCUGUGAACUUAUUCUCUGCUAUGUGUAUGUUGUUUCCUAUUCAAACCGCACUGGAUUGAUGAUUUGAUACCAUAUUUUGUGCCAUAUUUUUGGACUACUUUUAUUGAAAUAUUACUUUUUGAGAUGUGACACGUUUCACUAUUGUGGUUUUGAUAGACGCAAAAUUCUUGGGGAGGUGUCUUCUGAUCUAGUUGAUUUAGUUUCUGUUUAUCGUGCUGGCUAUACUGCCAAGGUAUCUCCCUUAAAUGCGAAUUGUUUCAUUUCGUGUUAUCAGGGUUUUCAUGUAAGCUUUGUCUAGUUGAAAAUUUCAUGUUCGCAUUAACAAGUGAACAUGGUGUCACGCAUAUAAAUGAUUCUCAAGCCUUUUUUUUAAUUCAUCUUUGGGAAAGACAGAUUGAUUCUUUACUGUAAUUCCUUCGUUUUUUAUGAAUAUAUUUGUCAUUUACACUAGAGAACAGAGUCAGAAUACUUAGCAAACAUGACUUUUAACCGCACACAGAUCUAUAGAUUAGGUGACCCCUAUUGUUUGGUGGGUUUAGAUUUUAGGCCUAACACAUCAUUGGAUGACAUGGGACUUUUCUUCGACACGUCAUAUUAGUGGGUAACAACCGUCCCCAUGUGUCACGAAUACUUAGCUCCGUGAUGGUGCUACUGGGAGAAAAUCUAUCAUCGUCACUUAUCCGAAUGGAGGGAUCGUAAUAUGAUAUAGUACACACCUGCCAAAAUGUAGUUAUAUUGGCAUUACUAAGUGGUCAAUUAAUUUGAUAUGUCUCCAUAGCCCGAGUAUGUGUUUCAUUUCAUUGAAACAUCAAUGCAGGGAAGCACAGGAUUUAUGCAUUUUAUUCUUUCUGAAUAUUCCGGCGCAAACAAGGUUAUAUGAUUUGACUUUUACGGAAUAAAAGCAAUCAAGUUGCACCCUGCAAUCUUGAUGGGAAUUUUCAACUUAGGACAGACGCAUCUUUGGUUAUACGAUUGUGGUGCUAUGAAGCCCGUGCAUCAAAGAUGCAAAUGUUUGUACUUUCUUGGAUUAAGAACGGCAUGGAGGUUAAUGUUAUCACAGCAGAGUUGUUACUUUAGGAGAAAAGCAUGUUUAUUACUUUAGGUUAAUGCUUUGGAAGUUUCUUCCAUAGACGAUAAACAUAAACCUUGUUGGCAUAUGAUCUUCAUUUUGUUGGAUUUUUAGGAAAUGAGGAACAACGAAAAAAAUAUCAAGGGUAGAAGCUAGUAGAUUGGUAUGAUUGCAUUUCAGCAACAUCGCUGAUGCUUGAAGCUCGUGUCAGAGUGAAUGGCCUCUCUACAGGUGUUUCUUCAUGUGUUAUGUUAUAUUCAUGCAUUAUGAACGACAGGUCUCUACACACCGUUGUCUUCUUGUUGGUUAUGGAUCAUGCAUCAAAAUUAAGUAUUAUAACAUUCAAUAUAUAACUUGUAGUCUAAUUUUAUAAAGGAUCCAGGGAAAAAUUGGAAUUGCAGCUGGUGAGAUCGGAAAACUUACAGCUGUAGUUUUUUCGUUAAUGAUUAUAGUGAUACCAUCCACCUUUUUAUAAACAAAGAAGAUCAUGCAUCACUGAUUGUUCUACAGCAUUAUCUACACAAAAAAAUUCCAAACUUGUCAUUCAUGGAUGAAAAUAAAAAAUUAAAGUAUGGAAUACAUUUCCUGAACUAUAUAACUCAUGUUCUUUCUUCUUUGAUAAUACCGAUGUUACACUGUGUUGAAAGAGCAGGACAGAAGAAAUAUAGAAAAGGACCUUUUCGGAGGAAAACUUCGUGGUAUUGCUGCGACAAAUGCUCUUGAGCUAGGGAUUGAUGUUGGACAUAUUGAUGCUACCCUUCAUCUUGGAUUUCCAGGGAGUGUUGCUAGGUAAAAAUGCAAUGAUCUUGGAUUUUAUGCUUGUUCCAAAAAACUUUUAAAAAAUUCUACUGAUAAUGGUUGACGUAGCUUCUGGCAACAAGCUGGGAGAUCUGGAAGAAGAUUGCAGCCCUCAUUGUCAAUAUAUGUUGCAUUUGAGGGUCCACUUGAUCAAUAUUUCAUGAAAUUCCCGAAAAAAUUAUUUGGAAACCCAAUUGAGAAUUGCCAAGUCGAUGCUUGUAACUCUCAGGUUUGUUUUCUAAGAUUAGUGAUCUCAUUCCUUGCUCUGAAACAGAAGCAAUUCAAGUGUGCCAUCUUAGACUGUCAUUGUUUCACAUGUUCUGCAGGCGCUUGAACAGCAUAUUACCUGUGCUGCUUUAGAGCAUCCACUCUGCAUGGAAUUCGAUGAGAAAUAUUUUGGUAAUGGCUUGAGAAAUGCAGUGGUGGCCCUCAAAAGUCGGGGUUAUUUAAGCUUCAAUUCAUCAUGCAACAUUUGGAUAUACAUUGGACCUGAGGUACAUCAUGUGUAAAAAAUAUUAGCCUUACAUAUUUUGUGCACUUAAAAAUUAUGCGCUUCAAAUUUUGCUACUAUGAUUUUUUUCCUUUCUUUGUUAGAAACGACCCUCACUAGCAAUAAGCAUCCGAGCAAUCGAAACUGAAAAAUACACGAUUGUGGACAUGCUCAGCAAUGAAACCCUGGAGGAAAUAGAGGAAAGCAAGGCAUUUUUUCAGGUAUCACUUUUCCCUAUUCAACUUGCGAAAUUUUUGUACCCGCUGAACUUUUAUAUUUUUUCACAUUAUUCUCAUUCUAGUGCAUUGUUUCUGUUGUGUUGUCACUCUCGCCCCUACAGAAAAACCCCCAUGCGGUACCACUCAUGAUACUGCAGAUCUUUUUUGCUUUAUGUUAGAUGAUGACGUGUUAUGAUGAGUGAAGAGAAAGGGAAUAUAUUCUUGCAUGUUGCUGAGUUCAUGAGAGUUCAUAAGACUAUCUCCUUUUAAUACGCUGACCCCAAUGAGAAAAAUAUCAACACAUGUUGGUAGAAUAUAAAGUAAAAAAUUGACUCUAACACCGGUAAGAAAUGAGUUGAUACCUGCAAGCAAAAAAAAAAGCCAGUACCACAGACGUCAUCACCUACUAGAAAAAGGUGAGCAUUGGAAAAAUAAAAAGCUGAGCAUUCAAGUGAUGAUUCGUGCAGGCAAAAUAAAAAGUCAUAACAAUAGUGGUUGAGACACAUUGCAAAAAUAGGCGGCCAAAUCUUCAGAAGCUGACACUACCAUACCAGUGGUCAAUACUUUCAGGCGGUUCUAGAAAAUAUAGGUAUAAGUGCUGGCAUAAGAAGCUUGGAGAGUUGGCACAUAUCAUUUUCAUCAGACUCAAGCAUCGGCUCUUGACUCGAGUAAGUGUCAACUCCCGAAAAGUUCAACAGUCAAGUUUCUUGAGAUAAUAAUUAAAACUAGCCUCAAAAACAAGUUAUUAAAGAUAGAACAAAUCCCCAUAAUUCAAGCUUUCUCAAGUAUUGAGUGAAGGCGGUACCCAAUUGGAGAGAUAAAGAAACAGAUUCUCUAGAGCCAAAUUUUCAAGUUAAUGUUACAAAAGGGCCAUCACGAAGCAUACAUUGUACCAUCGUUGACUCUAUUCCUCAUUUUUUUGUGUACUGUAAGUGUUUUAUUUUAUUUAUUUUAUAAGAAAGCUUGCUGUCAACUAAGGCUUGUGCAUUAGCUCCCUCACCCUGAGAAAGUAAUUCGUAAUAUGCUAAACAUAAACUUAGAAUUAUCACAGGUGGCGUAGAGAGUGACAUAAGUCUUGGAUUUAUCUGGAUCACUAGAUGUCUUGAUGUCACUGCGUGAUUGUUUUUAGAAAAGUGAAUCUUAUUAUGCACUGAUUUUCAUCAUGAAACAGGUCACAUUCCGUCUUGUAGAAAUCAUUUCUAGUCAGGGGCUUCAUUUAGUAUUAGAGUGAGGUCAAAACUUCGAUUCUUACGCUAGUGAUUGGGGACGAGGGUUGUUAUUGGAGUUCGAGGGAGACAAUUGGCUUGCAGGUUCUGUGGCAGCAAACAGUCUCCCCUUAAAUUUGGGUUCAGUAAGACUAACUAGACAUGAAAUGGGGCCAGUGUGGCUGCUAGUUUAGAUGAAUGGAAAUAUAUUGAUCAUUGCAUAUAACUUGUCUUUCUUGCGACACUUAUUUCGUGUGCAAUUAUAAAUUUUCCAAUAUUAAAAGACAAAAUUCAACAUGAUCAUAUUUAUGCAACUCGGAUCGAUAUGAUCAAUCCGACUUAAAUUGCUGGGUAAAUCGGCAAAAUCUGACAUGUAAAUUAACUUUUUUGGACAUGUAAAAUAAAUGUUAACGGACUGGAAUGAUCAAGCUAAGGAUUUUUGAAUGAUAUGUAUUUGCAUGAGUGUAUUUUAUUGAUUUCACUUGGUUUCUCUUGAACUUCUCGAAACUCCUGUAUUGGAUUAGUUCAUGUCAUAACCUUCGGACAUGAAAGAUAUUUUCCCACUUUUUUCAUGUCCUUUGAAUUGAUCAUGUUGGCGGACCAAACUGUUUUGUGUUGCAAUACUUCUGAAUUGAGCUGGAAAAUGAGUAUCCCUCCUGUUGUGAGUCACCUCAACAUAUGCUAAACUUGCAAGCAUCUAGUCGUUCAAUGUACGGAGCGAUACAUUUUUUUUAUAUGAUGUUAUUAUUUAACUAGUUUUUAUAGAGUGUAUUAUUCUGCAAAUCAUCAUUUCCUUGCUGUCUUCAUUUCCGAAAUCAUUGGUGAGCAUCCCACCCCUUUUUAUCACUUAGGUCUAUGAUGGAGCUGUUUACAUCAAUCAAGGAAUCACCUAUUUAGUAAAGGCACUGGAUUUAUCUAGGAAGAUGGCUUUUUGCCAGAAAGCUGACUUAAAGUAUUACACAAAGGCGAGGGAUUACACGGAUGUUCAUGUCUAUGGAGGUGACCAUGUACGUAAACGUUCAGCUUUUAUUUUGGGCAAUUUUGGGUGAUUUUUAGCCUGAUACGCGUAACAUAUGGAAUAAUCUAGAGGAAUUCUUAGUUUUUAUGAAUUUAUCUUGUUUAUCGUUAUUUUUUUCAUCUCCCAGCUCCCAAUUAAUUUGUGCCAUUUACAUUUAUCCCUCUAAUUUCUAGUUUAUGUUUAAAAAUACAUAAUUUUCCACGAGUGAAUUUAUAUGAGCGACAAAGCAGACCGGAUGCCCCAGGCAUCCAAGACACCUUUAUGAGGAGCAUAAACUUCAAUGCCACUCCCUGUUUGGUAUGCAAAUGGGUGAUGUCCGCUUUCUUCCAGGGUUUACAACCGAAUUUCAUGCUUUGUAAUUUUGUUACUUAAUAAAAAUUGAUCUGCUAUCUAUCUCUCAAUUUUAUUUAUUUAUGUGAUUUUAAGUAUUCCGCAGAGGAUAAAAUGUGUAUUAAAAAUGCUUCCGAAAAGUUGUGAAAAAGGAUGGAUCAUCAGAUGUCUGUGGUUUGUACCAACAACUCAGAAAUUUCAUCGAAACCAGCUUCCGUACCGUGAGGAUUUACCCGAUUCAAGGAUCAUAAAUGUUCCAUGUAUGCCCUUCGUACUUCACAGGCCUACCCACCAGAAGUCUCUGAUACCCAGAGUGCAAGAGCCACAGCGCGAUCGCAUCCAUGCCGAGUGACGACCAACUGGUUUGGCUUUCACUGCAUUCGGCGAGGGAGCAACCGGAUCUUCGACACGGUCAACCUUUCUCUCCCGCCAUACUCAUACGAGUCAAAGGUGGCCCCUUGUAUCUUUUUUCUGGUGGUUGACUCUUCAAUUGUUACAGUCUACGCCAUGUUCGAUUAAUGCACUAUUCACAGGCUGUAUGGAUUCGAGUCCCUCGAUCCAUAAGAGCUUCAGUGGAAGCACGCAAUCUCUCAUUUCGCGCUGGGAAGCAUGCCGCCUCCCAUGCCCUCCUCAACCUGGCACCUCUGUAAGUCUUGCACCAGCUUCUCCCAGGCGCUUGGACCUCUGAUUACUCUCUGAGAGCCUGAGGGGUUUACGCCUGCAGCUACAUCAUGUGUAAUGCCUCAGACUUGGCCACCGAAUGCGCCAAUCCCCAUGAAAAUCGUGAUAUUCCUGAUAGAUUGCUGCUAUACGACCAGCAUCCUGGCGGCAUGGGCUUGUCGAUGCGGGUACAUUCCAUUCGAUCUCGUAUCCCGGUGAUCUUCCUCCACAGUUUCUUCAAGAACUGAAGCCCAUCGGAAUCCCCUGUUCUGCCAGCUGCGGCCCCUUUUCAGGGAGCUUCUGAGUGAUGCGUUGAGACUCCUCAAAUCCUGCCGCUGCUCUGCCGGCGUCGGAUGCCCAGAUUGCAUUCAGGUACACCCACAUCGAUUCUCCCCUGCUCCUCCCACAUCGAUUCGCUUCUGUCUUCGCGUGCUGCCUUCUUCUUCUUCUUCUUCUUCUUCUUCUUCCUGCAGUCUCUGUCCUGCCGUGAAUAUAACGAAGUUCUGGACAAGGAGGCUGCGAUUGCGAUUCUCGAGGUGAAUCUUCAAUUGUUCAAUGCCUCUCAGAGUAUGCUCCUGACGAUAUUUUUGCCCACGAAUGCAGGGCCUAGCAGAACCUGAGAGAGAUGGCAUAUCUUGAGGGGAAGACAGGCAGACCCACCAUCCCCAUACUCUGCGUAUCUCUCUCUCUCUCUCUCUCUCUAAAAGACGACUUAUUGGCUGUUGCUUUUCGUGCAGAGGGGGGGAGGAGAAGCAUGUAG